AUGACUCUUGUAACAAACAAGUACUCGAACGUUAGUAGUUUGUUGAAGAAUGGGAUUUUCUCUUCUUUUCUGAGCAAUGUUACACCUAUCUGUUCUGUUCAUAUCUAUUUCUAUCUUUUUCAUUCUAUCUAUCUAUCUAUCUAUCUAUCUAUCUAUCUAUCUAUCUAUCUAUCUAUCUAUCUAUUAUCAGUCUCUUCAUCUAUCUAUCUAUCUAUCUAUCUAUCUAUCUAUCUAUCUAUCUAUCUAUCUAUCUCAGUCUAUUCAUAUAUCAUUUCACAUAUAAGUCUGUUCAUAGCUAUUUGUCUAUUCAAUCCUUUUCAUUUCCUUUCAAUUUAUCUAUCUAUCUAUCUAUCUAUCUAUCUAUCUAUCUAUCUAUCUAUCUAUCUAUCUAUCUGUUUUCUUUUCUUCCUCUCUUUUUCUCUCUCUUUCAAUCUAUCUAUCUAUCUCUAUCUAUCUAUCUAUCUAUCUAUCUAUGUCAGUUCAAAUCUAUAUAAAGCUGUUCAUAUCUAUUUGUAUGUCUUAGCUGUUUUCUUUUCUUCCUCUCUUUUUUCUCUCUCUCUCUCUCUCUUUCUUCCCAUCUAUCUAUGUCAUUCUGUCCAUAUUUCUAUAUCUAUGCAUGUGUCUAUUUUUAAAGUCUUCUGA